AUGCAUCUACUCAAAGGCAUCCUCGCCAUUACGUUCAUUGCUUUGAACACCAUCAUUGUCUACAUACCGCUGACCUGGUGGAUAAUCAAAUUGAGCUGGACCCGGGGCGAAGCCAGAAAUCGUCUGCGCGCCCGUAUGGAUAUGAUCAUCUAUUGGUGGACCGGGCGAAACCGCAAAAUGAUCCAGGGCCUGAAUCUGACUGAGGUGAACCUGCAUUGGCAUCAGCAGGAAGAAAUGUCUGAAGACAACUGGUACCUGGUGAUCAGCAACCAUCAGAGCUGGACAGACAUUGUACUGCUGCAAAGCUAUCUGUAUGGCAUCAUCCCGCCGCUGAAAUUUUUCACCAAAGAGCAGCUGAUAUGGGUCCCGUUCAUCGGCUUCGCCAUGUAUAUCCUGGGUUUUCCCUACGUUAAAAGGGUGACCAAGGCACAAAUAAAAGCGAACCCUAAACUGCGCACUGCAGACAGAGACAAUGUUGCUGCGGCCUGUGAAGGAUUCAAGAACCAUCCCACCACCAUUUUGAACUUCAUCGAGGGCACUCGGCGCACUUCGGAAAAGCAACAGCGCCAGGGCAGCGAAUACAAACACCUGUUGCGGCCUAAAACCGGCGGGCUGGGUUAUGUGCUCGAGGAUAUGGAUCAGCAUCUACACCGUCUGCUGGACGUGACUAUUGUUUACCCUGAUGGGGUGCCUACAUUUUGGGAAUUUCUGCAGGGCAAGUGUCCACGCGUGGAAAUGGAUGUGACGCCGCAUGAAAUUCCAGCAGAGAUACUUGAAACGGAAGAAACCGCUCGUCGUCAGGCGCUGGGACAAUGGAUUGGCAGCAUCUGGGCAGCCAAAGACAAUCACAUCGAACAAAAAAUCAACGCGCUUGCUCAUCUCAUGUACGGCUUUUCCCAUGGCGGAUUUGUACUCAUUACCGGCGAAGUGGGCACGGGCAAAACAACCCUGUUACGCAACCUGCUGGAUCGCACCCCACCGGAGCUUGACGUUGCGUUCAUCCUCAACCCCAGACUGACGGUCAGGGAACUAUUAGAAACGGUGUGUGAUGAACUGGGCGUAGCCUACGGCCCUGCGCCGCUACAGAGCGUGAAGCAGUACAUCGAUGUUCUGAAUAAACACCUGCUGAAAACUCAUAUCAGCGGACGCAGUACCGUCAUCAUCAUCGAUGAAGCGCAGAACUUAUCCCCUGCAGUGUUAGAACAGAUCCGUCUGUUAACCAACCUAGAAACUAACGAUAAAAAACUGUUGCGGAUUAUUCUGCUGGGCCAACCCGAACUCGGCGACAUGCUGAACCGCACCGAGCUGCGGCAGUUAGCGCAGCGCAUAACCGCACGCUAUCACCUGACACCGCUAUCAAAAGAAGACGUUCACGCCUACGUUAACCACCGUCUGACUACCGCGGGUGGCAGUCCGAACAUCUUCACAAACCAGGCUUUAAACGCACUCUACAGGCUAUCCAAAGGUACACCACGCCUGAUCAACGUGAUUGCAGAUCGUGCCCUGUUGGGCGCGUAUGUCGAAGGCAAAUACCAGGUGUCAGCCGCCAUGGUUCGCAAUGGUGCUCGAGAAGUGUUCGGGCAAAAACCCAGACACCCGCAAUCGCGAUAUUACCUGGGUGCGGGGUUGCUGAUUUGCCUGGUCGCUCUGGCCAUGAGCUGGGCUUACCUGACACGACAUCAAACGCCCGCUGUUACACAGUCAAGUGCAACCCAGCCAACAGCUCAGAAUGGCACUGCGGAGGAACUCACCCAACGGCAAGCGACAACAACUUCACCAUCUGCGGUAGCCGACCCGGGAAAUGUGACAGACACUCAGACCGACAAUUCAGCAGAAAUAAUCGAUCAACCAGCAGAGCGCGACACCGUGACAGCGCCGGCAACCCUGACUCGCCCGCCCGGCAGAACUUUCGAAUUACAGCGUGCCGCUUAUCGCGCGGUGUUUGCGGCAUGGUCCGCUGAUUACAACCUAGAUAACAAUCAGAUUCCCUGCGAUUUUGCACCCCAGGUUGGCUUACAGUGUCUGAGUCGCAACGGAAGCUGGAGCGAAGUCACCUCGCUCAACAGCCCGGUCAUCCUUGAGUUGUGGGACACACAAGAGAGUCCCUACUAUGCUGCCCUGCUCGGCUACGAUGGCGAACUUUAUAGACUGAGGCUUGGCCAGCAGGACAUCAGCGUAUCACCAAGAGAUUUACGUGACGCGUGGUUCGGCACUUAUGUUCUUAUCUGGCAAACACCACCCGGCUACAGCGGCAGCCUGCGCCAGGGUGAUGACCAUCCCACUGUUGCGUGGCUGCGCGCGCGUCUGGAGGAAUUGGACUACCCUGCGCCUACAGCCUCUACGGAUUCUUACUUCGACGACGCCCUCGUCGCUGCAGUCACUGCAUUUCAAAACAGUGAAGGCCUUCUUGCCGAUGGCAUUGUUGGGCCGCUGACCUGGAUCAGGCUCAGCGACCGUCUUAAUUUACCUGCCCCAACCUUACGGAGUUAG